CUUACUUUUAAAAGCAUUGACUUGACUGAAAACUUGGCAAGUAAUGAUGGAGAAUCUGGGCCCAAAUCUGCCACCAAAGACUUCCAGGCCCCGGAUGCAAAAAUAUCAUCAGCAGAAACUUGAGACGACGAGUUGUUCUCAUUCUAAGGAGAAAAAUGAGAUCAUUCAAUAAAUACAUUGAAAAAUUUGAUGACAUCAGGCUGUCUAUCAAAUGGCUUUUUUCUUUCCACAGAUGACUUUUUAAGGAACUGUUUACUAAAAUAGUUUAAAUAUCUUAAUAUGAUAACAACAAUAUUUUACAAAUCAUGACAGCUAUAAGUAUUUUAAGCCUUUUUUAAAAAUUAAAUCCAUUUUUGACAAAAGUAAUAUAAUUGGCUACAAAAUAAUAUGAUUUUUUCAUGAUUUAUUUUGUUAUUGAAAAAUUAACAGCGUGAAUUGUGUGAUGACAAUCAGUACAAAAAUAUAUUACUUCAAAUUUAUUUUUAAUAUAUCAGUUUUGUUGCAGGCAGAGUGAUGAAUUAAGUCAACAGAAACAGCCAUCAAUCUUGUCACUAAAAAAUGUAUGGCAUUGAAGAUUUACUUAACUUUCCCCAUCAGUUUUAUUAAUACCCCCAGCUUACCAACCCUUUUACAGUUGACCAGUCAAAGGAUAGUGCUGACAGCAAAGCCACAUUCAAGGAAAGCUCACUCAAGGUGCUGGGCUCCAUGCAUUACAGGUUAUUUCUAUCCGUGAUCUAACCACUGUUUUUAAUGUUCCUAAUUAGUAUAUAUAAUUUAUACUGAAUGUGAACCUCCUACCAAGCCAUUACUGUAUGAAAGACAAUGACUAAGUCUGAAAUAAAGGCUAUGUUUAUCAAUAUAAUUUCUUAGAUUUAGUUUUAUUUGCAGUCUUUCAGCUAAAGCAAUAGUCCAGGUCUACUCUAUACUAGAAACUGUGUCCAGUGAAAAUUUUUACAUAAUAAAAGAAAGACCUGUAAUAACAAAAAAAACAUAAAAUAUAACAAAAUCAUCAAAAUGUACCUCGUUAUUAUGAUCAGGAGGAAUUCUGGGACUGUCAAGAAGCAACUUAAGUUCAGGCGAUUCAAUCAGUUUAACAUUCAAAUAGCUUCCUGGGCUCUGUAAAGUCAUGCAUCGCAAAAAUUUAGACAAGCAUUUCAGAAAAUACAUGACAAAGAAUUAUUGCAUUUGUUAAAAGGCUUUUGUGGUUACCACUAGUAGUACCUUCCAGUUUAACUUAAAAUUUCUAAAGCUUAUAUUUUUGCUUACGUAGCAGUUCAUAUUGUAAGUUGAUGAUAAUAAUUAUUCAAAUGGGUUUUGAAACCUGGACAACAAAGAAAACAUUUUUAAAACUGUGUAUUGAAAUUCUUUUGUGAUCAAAUAAGUGGAGUCAACAGGCGAUAUCCUAAAAUAAGACACUUACAGAUGGAGGUAGAAUGCCAGCGGGACCAGGAAAUUUUCGUUUGCAUCUUUUAAGGUUGACUUCUCUGUUAAUCCUAGGCUGUGGGUUACCACCACAAUCAAAUUUAAUAGGCCCUGGAAGCUCUGUUUGAAUAAUGAUAUAAAUUUACACAUAAAAUAUUAGACAUUGUUUUGAUAAAAAAAAUUGUUUUGGAUUGCCUUAUAAUUAGUUUUUAAAAUCAAUUAAAGAUCAAAUAUUUUAUUUUAAAGAUUGUGUUUGACUCUAAUGCAAAAGAGCAGGUACAUGAGGUAGUACAAGGAAAGAAAGAUAACCUUGAAAUAGAUUGCUGCCAAAAACUUUAAGGCAAUUGAAAAUAAUUGAAUAUAAAUCCAAUACUUAAAGUUUUAACUCAUAAAUUACCUGAAAUAUGUACAUUGUUAUUAUCUAUGUCAGGUUCAUCUCCAAUGGGAAGUUCCUAAAAUACGAAACAUAAAUUCUCAUUCUAAUACAUGUGUUUUUCAUAAAGUUAAAAAUAGAUAUCAAUAACAUCACCAGCUUAUGACAAGUUUUUUUUUUAAGAAAUGAAAAUAACAUCAUCUAAAUUUACAAUUUCAUGGAAACACUAAAUUGCCCUGAACAUAUAAGAGUUAUAUUAUAAUAGGAUCAUGCUCAGUUUUUUUUAAAAUAUCUCAGCAUGGAUAAUAUGAGCUUUGCUUGUUCUUGCAAUUAGUUUUAAAAAAUGCAUUGUUUCGGUAUCCUUUCAAUUAUGUAAUUUUCAAAUUUAGAAUAGCUACUUGAUUUUUAGGCUUAUUAGUUAUUAAUUUGUUUCCAUUAGCAACACAAUUUGAUCCCUAAAUGGAGACCACUUCCAUCAAUUAGGUGUUUUUCUAAAAGAAAAUGUCAGCAUAUAGUUGCCAGCAUGUAAUGAAUAAAUUAUCAAUUUAUUUCAAAUUUUUAUUAAAUUCACUUUAAAAAUCUAAUAUUGUGAAGUAAUUUUAAGAACGCUGUUGCAUUUUUUACAUUUAGUCUUAGUCAAUCCUAUUGACUUUGUGUUUUAAGUCAAUCUUGACAGGGAAGAAUAUAAAACUUAGCUCAAAUGCGUUCACUAUUUAUGACAUUGAUUUUAAGAUGCUAAAAUAUGACAUUACCAUGGCCAUGGACAUGAUGAUCUAUGGCAGCGUUUCCCAAACUUUUAAGUUUCACGGACCGGUGGACAAGUUUUGAAACUGCAACAGGGACCGGUGCCAGAUUUAUUAAUUACAUUUUCUUUCUAUUUAAACAUCAAUAUUCAUGCUCUCUGGACCGGUAACGUAAGGCUUGCAGACCGUUGCCGGUCCAUGGACCACCGUUUGGAGAACGCUGAUCUAUGGUACAUUUAGUUAACAGAAGUAGACCCAGGGCCAGGGCCUGCAUAAAAUUCUGAAUUUUGAUAUUGUCUCAGGUUUACCACACAUUUAGAAAAAAAUGGAAAAAUUUAAUUAACUGAGUGUGUAAAUGACGGACAAAUUAAUUCAUAGUUUAAGUAGUGCCUUCUCUGAUAUAACUUAUGGAGUUAUUAAUAUUUCUAGUUUUGGUAGGCUACUCUUACUUCUCUGACAUAACUUAUGGAGUUAUUAAUAUUUCUAGUUUUGGUAGGCUACUCUUACUCUUGGUAAGUCUUAGCAUUGCUUAGUUAAGAGGUGGAGAGGGGAACUUGCAGUAUUCUAGUUCUAAAUCUUCAAGUGCUGCCUUUUAACUUUUCCCUGAAAUCAAGUUCUACAACACAAAUCCUUAUUAUUAUUAUUCAAUAGGCUAAACAAAAUAAAUUCAUUAUUUUUAAUAACAGUUAAGAUUUAAUGUGAUUUUACUUGUAAUAUAAAUUAGGGCUGUGGAAAUUAAAUAUUAAUUAAAUGAUUAAUCGCUAAAUCUUUUUAACGUUUAAUGGAAUAACAAUCGAUUUCCAAAUUUUUCGCCCAUCACUAACAUGAUAUAAAAAACUGAAGUGCUUGUCAGACGAUUCAAAAGAACAAACUUGGUUACUUAUUGGACAACAUAUAAUAAUAAUAAUAAGACGUCUUAUAUAGCGCGGUACCCCAGCCUAGGGCUGGGCUCACCGCGCUGUACAUACAAAUAGCAGUUACUCUGAAUGAUUUUCAGUUGCAGACUAAUGAAAUACUGACAUUUAUACGAGAAAAAGCAUGUUAAUUAUAUAUCAAACCUUUGACUUUGUCCAUAUCUGUGCCUAAAGAAGUUUUUUUAAAUAUAAUCGUAAAUAACUAUCAUAGUUAAUUAAAUAAAAGUUAUACAUUAAAAUUAAAUUAAUUCUUACCAGUCCAAAUAUAAAAAUAAAUGUAUAUUAUCAGCAAAGAGAGGGGGGGGGGCGCAAUAAUACUAACACUGACAGAGUGAGUGUGUUUUUACUUCCUCAAUUACUGAUUACUCAGCUGUGUUAGCAAUCACACUACCUUUAUGUGAUAGAAGUCAAGUUUCUUGAAUGCAGCAUUAUUUGAUUAAAAUUAAAGUAUAAGUUAAUUGAAAUUGAAUGCAGCCUUUCAAUGUCCAACAAGAAAAGGUUCCCAACCCCUGACUUGUUAUGUCUGCCUCUUAGUCUUAUUUAAAUUUAAGGAAUUAUUUCUAACAAUCACAAUAUUAUGCUAAAUACUGUCAGUGCACUAAGCUACAAAGUAGUUAACACAUAGAUGAGAUUGACAAUGUCAAUAUCUCAUUAUCAUUAUUAAUAAUGUCAUUAACUGUCAUUAACUAAAUAAGAAACUAAAACAAACUUACAUCCCAAAAAUGAUCAUCUUCUGGUAUUUCAAACAUACUAGUAUUUGUAUGUUAGGCUUAGCCUACAUUUAAGAACAAUAAAAUAUCAAUGUCUUUAUUUAAUAAUCAAGACUUAUACAUUUUAAAAUUAUAGUAGCAAACAUGAUUUUUAUCAUAAAUAAUCUUGUUUAUACGUGCCGCCUUCUUAUCUGCCAUGAAAAUAUAAGGUUUAACCAUAAUAUGCCAGCAUUUCUCUGAAUUAGUUAAAUUAAACGUAACCACUAAACAAAUAUAUAAAUAAUUGACAAGUACAAACUAAAGCAAUUUCGCAUAUAUCAUAUAAUUAAUCUCUAGAUUAAGUUUUCAUGAAAAAUAUUAUGGUUAAAUAUUAAUAUAAAUUUCUUAUUGAUAUUUAUUUUCAAAUACGUCAUUUAUCCAAUGGAAAUGAUGUAGGUGCCAAAUUAUUUUUUUUAACAAAUUGGCAAUAGCAUUACUAAUAACUUAGCGCAUCAUAGUUACUAGCUGUUUAAAAAUUACUAUUAUUAUUUUUUUUACAGUAGUCUCCCCUAUAUUGACACUAUACUAGAAUUUAUUUCCAAAUUGUCGUUUUAGUUUUAGUCAAAGUGCUUUAAACCUAUUUAAGUUUAAAAUAAUUUAUACAAUACUAAUUUAAUGACUAAUAAAUACUAAGAUAUUUUAAAUUUAAUUAUUUUACCUGCGCAAAAUGGCAAUUUAUUGAAAGAACAAAAUUACUAAAAAGUGUCUAAUAAAGUCUAAGUCAAAAAGUGCAACAAAUAGAAAGUCUUCAGAAGAGAACAUUUGGUUGCCACAAUUGAGCCACAACAAACAAAAAUUAAAUAUCAAUCUCGAAAAAGAGCCACACAUUUAAGAAAUAAAUGUAUUGAAUUCAUUGCCCCUUCUUUUGCAUGAAUUUGAUUCAAAUUUUGAAUGAACCCAUUAAUCUCCUAUGCCUAUAUGACUACGAGAUGGGAGUAUGCAAGAGAAUGAGUUAAAACCUGAAUUCGAGCGGGUGCAAAAUAGUUGGAGAAACUCUGCCUUUGAUCUUAUCUUAGAGACUACCCCCCCCCACACACACACACACAAAAUUAAAUGAAAAUUAAAUAUAAAAAAAAUAUAAUCUUCUGAAUGUCCCAGUGUAUAGCCUUCGAUCCACUUCUCACUUUGGCAAACGCUGAUCUUAGGACUGCUUCCCAGUUACUUCGUCAUCAGGUUAGACAUCGUCUAUCUGUGUAACAUGCUAGUAACUUUCUAUCUUUAGGCCUCACAUUACGAGUCUCAAGAGUCAGCUUGAAGGAUUACAGGCAGCCAAAGACGAAGAGACGUGUUUUUGAUACUCCUGUUCUAAGGAUGUUUUAAUCCAAGUUUUUUCAGUAUGUAGGCCUAGGCCUAAUAAUAAUACUACCUACACAUGAAUCCACGCGAGAUUUGGUCAGUGAUAUUAACAAAACGUUUCUAGGAUAAUUUUUUUAUUUAACAAAAAAUCCCUAGUCAGGAUGACACAUCAAAAAUGUCAUGGCGUUAUCAGAAAAUGACGAUUUGUUUAGAACAGUGGUCCUCAAACUACGGCCCUCGGGCCAGGUCCGGACCGCCAGCGGUCAUGCAAUCCGGCCCGCCUGGCCACCAAAAAGAUAACUGGCUAGCAGUGACAAAUAUGGAACUGUAGGCUACAUUGAUCAUCUCAUUUACAAAAAAUCAGGGUCUUACUUCCCUUUGGUUAUUUUUGCUUUAUUUUAAAUAUGGCAUUGUUUUUCAACGGUUUUCCCACCACUACAAAUAAGAUAUGAGCAGUAUGCAUAGAAUUCGUUUAUAUUAUUUCAAACUUUAGUCUGGCCCCCAACAAUGUCUAACGGACGCUAAUCCGCCCCCCCCCCCCCCUUUGAAAAGUUUGAGGACCCCUGGUUUAGGAUAUCCCUAACUAAAGGUUACUCUUGUGUUUCACUAAAUAGCAGUAUUGACAGAGUUAUCUCUUCCGCUGAUAAAAAUAUUUAAAAAUGUAAAAGCUCCUGAGCUAUAAAAAAGAUUAUGUUAAAAUAAAUAUUUUGAUAUUGCUAUUGAUUUCUCUUAGAUAUGUUCCACGCACUAGUCAUUUUAAAAAUAAUGUAUUUUGCAUGAAAAAACCCCCCAAAAAAUAAAGAUUCUAGGUGAUCUCUAUUAAUAUUCAUUUACUAUAACAUUGUUUGCUGGGGAAGGGGUAGGCAAACCUGGCUGCCUCUGAAUAAUGUCUACUGUCGGCGUUAUCGCGCACUCUGUAUUUAAACAGCAACAAUAGAUGCUGAUAUCAAUAACCGAAUUUCCAAAGCAAAUUUUGCAUUUGGAGAGCUCUGUAGGAGUGUGUUGGAGCGAAGGGGUCCCAAGCUUGUCACUCAGCCGAAGGUAUAUAGGGCAAUCGAAUCAACAUCACUUCCAUAGGCCAACGAGAAGUGGACAGUGGACAGCAGACAUGCCGGACUGCUAAACAAGCUCCAUCGACGCUGCCUACGUCAGCUUCUUGGCAUAAGAUGGCAGGACAGAGUCCCUGAUGCAGAGGUCCCACAACGGACCGAUUGUAUCAGCAUCCACACAGAUUAUACAGAAAAGGACAAGCCAGAUGGGCGGGGCAUGUCGCAAGAAUGCCAGACAGCAGAAUUCCCAUACGACUAAUUUUCGGUGAACUCUCCAGUGUGAAGCGCUCAGUUUGAGGUGGGGGGGGGGGGGGGGGGGGGGGCUGAAAAAUUGAAUCUCGCCACAUGGCGCCAAACACUCUAGCUACCGGUAUGUCUCUACAAUACUGCAGCUGAUGUACCUGCUGUUUUCAGUUGAUUAUAACAACACAUUAGAGACAUCUGUAUAAGCAGAAAACCACAGCCCUGAUUACACCUGCUAGAAGGGGGGGCUUUAUCUUCAUCGCUUUAGGAUGAAUAACUCAACAAGGUAACAAUUACAACAUGAAAUGUUGGGAGUUUGAAUGGGCUGAGAGCUAGUUUCUGACCCGGGUCAUCCAGACAACACAACGCAGACCCAAUGUGAACGUUCACGUUAUUAUUGGGAACGGCAUGUUACAAAGUUGGAUUCUAUCCAAUCGAGAGAUUUAUAAAAAAAACAAAAACUGGGCCUAUGUAUGUUGCAAAAUGUGGCGCUAGAUAAGAGACGGUGUACUGCCACUAUAUAAAUACUUUGAGAUAGCUGAUUUAGUUGUAAUGUUUUGACGAUUCCGACGUCUCACAAAUUUAAGUUCUCUGUUAUAGGUAUGUGCUUGUGUUAAGCGUAUGGAUUAUUUUGUGUCGAAAAUUGCAGAUAAAAUUUAAUUAAAAUUGAUCUAAAAGCUAUAACACAAUAUCUUGUUGUUUUUUUUCAAUUCACCGCAUUGCGUCCAUAAUUUUGCAAAAAUAUGUUUUAGCUAUAAUCAUAAUUAAAACAGAGAUGAACAAGUUUUGAAAGUGUAUUUAUGUUAUUGGAAUAAUCUUGUUCUAUGGGUUCCCCAUUUAUUUAUUUUUUUUUAAAUUAAAAAAAAAUUGUCUUUUAUAACAAUCACGUUAUCCAUCUUAUUGCAGUCUUUGAAGAGUCUCGAACUAAAUCUUUAUUUAAAUGUACGCAUGCCAUGUAGACAUUUUAACAAUGAGUACUGUUGAUGUAUCUGUAUCGACUGUGUCACAUGUGAUACACAUGAAGCCCCGGCGUUAAACGUAUACAGGAAAUGAUGUCAUGUAGAAAUACGCUGAAUACCCCAAAUUGGAUUAAAUCGUCUCCAAGACUUUCUUGUACAUGCAUUUUUUCAGCAUAGCAUAAAAUGGCGCCACAGAAUAUCAAACUGACCUACUUUAACGGUCGUGGGCGUAUCGAAGUGUCCCGGCUGGUCCUUGUCGCCGCGGGGAAAGAGUUUGAAGACGUGAGGGUUCCGGAAUUCACAGCAGACCUCAAAGCCAGUGAGUAGCAUUAGAGACCAGGUCUUUCAGUGUGUCAGCUGUUUGUCAGUCGUGGGUCGAUUGCGUGUCAGUUGGUGUAAGUUGUGUGUCAGUCGUGUGCCAUUUCUAGGCAUUAGAAGGAUUUCAGAAACUUCUUGGAUUGCGGAGUUCAAUGGGAAAUUUUUAAAACCUCUAAGAUUUAUUGGAAUAGAAUUUUGAAGCGAUUACGAAGAUCCUUAACAUACAGUUUAAAAACAUGUUUUAACGUCCAAAAUAGCUGUCAUUUUGGUGGACCCUUAUCUUGGCGUCUAUGGCAGCUUUUGUGGUCCAUUAAGCUUUUAUAUUUCAGGGAAAUUAGAAUACUUUAUUUACACGUAUUAGUCUGAAGCAACAUGUUGAAAUGAAAAAAAAAUAAAAACUUGUCUAUAACCGGGGAUUCUCGUGAUUGUAGAAUUUCCCUGGACAUUUUCUAUAUACUAAACAUUGAUCACGAUUCUCCUUCUGGGUUAUGUCAUGUAUUUUAUUGGACUUAAGCGCACCCUUGUACCAAAUAAAGUAAUAGUGAAAGCACAAGCCUAACAUUAUAUUAAAGAAAAUCUUGUAUUCCCCAGAGACGCCAUUUGGUCAACUUCCUCUGCUUGAAGUCGAUGGUGAGGUCUUUGCACAGAGUGUAGCCAUUGCUACAUAUCUAGCCCGUGAAUUUGGUCAGUUGGAAUCUAAAUUAUAAUCUAUGUUAUAAUCUGUGUUGUAAUCUAUCUUAUAAUCUAUCUUAUGAUCUAUCUUUUGUAUGAUCUGAACAAAUGAUCCGUGUGGUUCAGAAAUGUAUUUAUUACAAUUAAGUUAAAAAUAAUGAUCAACAGUAGAUUUUUGAACCACAUGGAAUAUUUGUACAUGCCUUUACAAGGUAGGCUGUGUCAGGUGUCUGUACAAGGUAGGCUGUGUCAGGUGUCUGUACAAGGUAGGCUGUGUCAGGUGUCUGUACAAGGUAGGCUGUUAAAAUGUAAUUGACAAUGACGAUAAACGACUGCCUUACACAGACACCCGGCAAUUUUGUGUUUUCGAACGAUGGAAAUAUAUACCAGAAAUAUACAUCUAAAUAGCUUCACUUGUCUGCUUGUUUUCUGCUCCACGUGGUUUUGAACUAAGUUACAUAAUGGCAAACUGAGUUACAUAGUGGCAAAUCUAAGUUAAAUAAUGGUAAAUAUAAUUGAAGUUUGACCAAAACAAUUAAAGUUGUUCAGUUCAAUUAUGUAUUGUUUGUAUUUAAAAAAAAAUAUAUGUAUAUUUUGUUUACAACCAGUCUGUUUUACUUUAACAAUGUCGCUGAUCUUGAAUCAUUAAUCUCAGGUCUGUAUGGCAAAACUAACCUGGACGGACUUAGGAUUGACCAGGUCGUUCAACUUGUUCAAGAAAUCCUGAAUGCAGGGUACAAAGCUUACCUGUUCACAGCUGAUGAGACCCAGAAGGUAAAUGUUACGCCCAACAACUGGCAUCUUAGACAUGACAUGGGUGUCAGACGAUCAGUUUAUCAUGAUAGAAUUCUCAAUGACUUAAGCUAACUUCGCAUAAUAGUGAUGCCUUGUGUUCAACUCAAUUCUUAUAAACUGCGUGUGGCAUGCAGGCAAAACGACAACGGUACCAUAAUUAAUGUGCGGUACCUUACGCUAAAUACUAUUUAAUGAAGGAAUGCCACACAGCUCAAUCAAACAAAGACAUUAAACAUCCAAGCAAUAUCUUUGUAUGAAAUUUCUGAGAUGAGUAAAACAAUCUAAGAUAUACAAGGAUGGUUUAAUUAAUGUAGAAACCGAACUGUUUGAAUUUUUAUGCACCACACUAUUACCACACUCAUACCACACUGUUACCACACUCAUACCACACUGUUACCACACUCAUACCACACUGUUACCACACUCAUACCACACUGUUACCACACUCAUACCACACUGUUACCACACUCAUACCACACUGUUACCACACUCAUACCACACUGUUACCACACUCAUACCACACUGUUACCACACUCAUACCACACUGUUACCACACUCAUACCACACUGUUACCACACUCAUACCACACUGUUACCACACUCAUACCACACUGUUACCACACUCAUACCACACUGUUACCACACUCAUACCACACUGUUACCACACUCAUACCACACUGUUACCACACUCAUACCACACUGUUACCACACUAUUCCUGUCAAAUUAUUAUGGUUUCUCACCUUACUUGCUUAAAAAAAAAUAAAUAAUUCAUUUGGUUAAAAUUUAAUGUCGGUAUGACUCUAAACUGAUACAAUUACUUAUAGAUGUAAUUAACCUACUGGUUGCAUUGUAUCUAUUUUGUACAGGCUCAGCUCAUCAAGGAGCUGAAGGAGAAAGAGUUCCCACGUUAUUUGGAAUACUUUGAAAACCUUCUAAAAAACAAUGGCACGGGUUACUUUGUUGGUGAUUCGGUAAGUUGUACAUUUAAUUUAAAAAUUAAAAGACCAUCCUUUCCAAUGACAAUCAAAGUUGGAUUAUACAUUUCUUCUUACAACAGCAAGGGUGACCAAAGUUUUGUUGUCGUUGUCGAAGAUUUGGCGUCGUAACAAGGCCGUGAUCUUAUCUAACAACCCUUAAAGACAAAGCUCUUCGUAAAAACCCUUUCAAUGAAUUUCUUAUUAUUUUAUGUUGUAUUAAUUUUCUAAUGUCCCACCCGAUUUUUUAAACCCCAUUUUUAUUUCACCAACUAUUUCAGAAAACAAAAGAAAAUAUUACGCAAUAAAAGCACAAGAAAUAUUUAUUUUUUUUAAAUGUAAGAAUUUCAUUUUACGCAGUUAUCGGGAAUUUUAGCUCGUGAAAUCAGUGUCAUCAUAUUUGCUUCAUCUUCCCCUUGAAAAAAAGGGAACAACUUUUUUUUUUGGGGGGGAGUGGGGGUGAGGGGCUGAAAAUGUGUUGAAUGUGUUGUCAUUGGCAACGAGUCUAUGUGUGCCAAGUUUCAGCUCGAUAGGUUGUCGUCAAGUGAGCCAAUUAGCCGUCCGCAUAUUUUGCUCCAAACUCUCAACACGGAAAAAAGUAAAAUAAAUAUUGAUUUAAGAAACAAAGAAAUAAGUUCAGCAACAAUCACGGUUUGGCUUAUCAUCAGCAGUUACUAACAGCUCGACACAACUAUGUGCUUGUAUGAAAACAGUGUAAAUAAAUGCCUGAUAAGCAACAACGAUAAACUAGCAAAAACUCCGAUGCCUUUUUCAAAAUAUUAUAUAAUUAUUAUAACUCUACUCCACUCAUCUCAGUGUUAAAAAAAUUCUUUUUGGCAUUCAUUGAUUGAAAUUUCCUCCAAUUUUACAAAAUCAUCAUCAAAAUGAUUCCCACUCAUUCAGCUAACGUCCACUGUUCAUUGCAGUUAACCCUUGCUGACCUGAUCGUGUAUGACGUCGCCUUCGCUUUCAUCCAGCGUGGAUUCGGCAUCAGUGGUUACCCACUGGUUGAGGCCCUGUACUCGUCGGUGGAAAGUCAUCCAAGAAUUAAGCCAUACGUUGCUCAGAGGCAACCCACGCCAAACUAAGACAACAUUCUUUCUUUAAAAAAUAAUUAAUUUAGAAUUUAAAUAAUUAAGAAACAAGAAAAAAACUCGCACAUGAAUUACAUUUUUCAAGAUCUUAACUUUUAUAUUAAAAUAUUUUUUUCAAUUUUAUUAUUUAAAAAAAAAUUUAUUUCAUUAUUCAAAUGAAUUUUAGGUUGUGUUUUAUUUUUAAGUUAGCAGAGACUAGAGAUUGGCCUGAUUAAGUUAGCAGAGACUAGAGAUUGUCCUGAUUAAGUUAGCACAGACUAGAGAUUGACCUGAUUAAGUUAGCAGAGGCUAGAGAUUGACCUGAUUAAGUUAGCAGAGACUAGAGAUUGACCUGAUUAAGUUAGCAGAGGCUAGAGAUUGAUCUAAUUAAGUUAGCAGAGACUAGAGAUUGACCUGAUUAAGUUAGCAGAGACUAGAGAUUGACCUGAUUAAGUUAGCGGAGGCUAGAGAUUGACCUGAUUAAGUUAGCAGAGACUAGAUAUUGACCUGAUUAAGUUAGCAGAGACUGGAGAUUGACCUGAUUAAGUUAGCAGAGACUAGAGAUUGACCUGAUUAAGUUAGCAGAGGCUAGAGAUUGAUCCGACAAAGUAAAUGAAAUAAUGAAAAUAAUGUAUUUUUACAUUCCAAUAUAUAUAUAUAUAUAUAUUUUAGCAUCAAUGAUUUUAUUUAAAUAUGCGUUCGGAAAGGUCAAUGUCAUGCUUGAUGUAAUACUAAAAUAAAUCGAUAUUAUUAAGUAAGCUCUAUCAGGUAAUAAUCGGGGUGGGUGGUUGCCCACACGCCCAAUGUUUUAAGGGUCGAGACCAUUGAUUCGUAAUUCACAGUUGCCACAUAACAUCGACAGUUACAUAAGAGGAAUAUCAAAUUUUUUGUUUUUGAAUUCAUUUCCGUCAACUAUGUAUCACUAGCUUGCUUAAAAAUAUAUAUAAUAUAUCGGCACUUAAUGGGACACUUAAGGCAAAGUACGACACAUCUGAGCCUGCACAGUUCCCUUGUUUCAUUCCUGAAAAGAUGCCCCAGCUUCGUGUACAUUCGGCUCAAACCUUCAGCAUGUUGGGUAGCACAAAUAUGUGUGAGAAGCUGUUUUCUGUGAUGAAGAUUAACAAAACAUCACACUUGCAGCCCAUCAUGAGAAUCUCAAUGACACAGAACGUUUCUUCCAACAUAAACGAACUUACUUGAUUUUGUAGCCAAGAAAAUGUGCCAAACAUCCAGCUCUGACAAAUUGGCAUAAGAACAAAAAUGGUUAUUCCAGUGAUUUUUAAUUAUUAAAUUAUUUUUUUCAGUGUUCAUUCAUAUAAAAGUUUUUUUUAAAGUUUUAAUUGUCUGCUUAUUGAAUGUUUAUCCUGUUCGGCCCACAACCUUACAUGUGAUUUUAGUUUUGGCGCGCCGAGCGAUUGAGUUUGACACCCCUGAUCUAGAUUGUAUUUUCUGACAUAAGCAAAAAUCCGUUAGAUCCAGAUUAAAAAAAUCUCAAUUGUCGACACUGGUCCUAGAAUUAUGGUACUGAAGGAAAUCCAUUCAAACAUUUAGCGUUAAAACAAAUACUUGAAGUACUACGCACUGGCAAUGUUGGGAAUCAAACAAAAAAAUAAUUUUUUAGUAAUUUCUUGAGGUUAUUUUGUGACUCAAGGGAAACAAUCUAUUCAAUUAACUGAAAAUAAAAUAUUAUUUAAAAGAGUUAUGUACCCUAGUGUUUUUAAUCGAGCACAACGCUUUUAUAGAUAUAAAUAUACUAUAAUAUUAAUCGAAAAGAUAGUAAUAUAUUAUAUUAUAAUAAAGUUAAUAGAAAAUAAUAUACUAUAAUGUAAUAAAAUUAAAAGUUAGUUGUAUAAUAUAAGAAAAUAAAUUUAAUAGAUAUUAAAAUACUAUAAUAUAGAACAUUUAACAGGCAGUAAUAGACUAAAAUAUAAAACAUUUAAAA